AUGGAGCCCAAGAAAAAAUACAAAUUCCCUGAAAAAGCUCGUAGCGGCACAAUUUCUGAUGACUUGAUUAGUAGAAGCUGGAGCAUCUCAAAUGAAUCCAACAACAGCGAUUCUCGAUACAAUAUCGUGCACACAUCAGUUUCUCAGUGUUUUAAUGAUAUAUUAGACGAAGAUCCAGCUCUUUCUUAUAGUGGCGAUAUCGAUUCUGUCUCCGAUUUUUCUAUAAAUAUUAGCAGCUUACCGUUUCUCUGUAGGACAAAAACAGGUAGCAAAAAAAUUCAGCAAUAUAUUGCCAAGAGUCGGCCAGAAGAAAUUGAGCAAAUCGUGAAUGUUGUUUCACCACACCUUGGGGAAAUAAUGACUGAUUUAUACGGAAACUAUAUGUGCCAAACUUUAUUUCAAAGCUGCUCAUCAACUCAAAGGCUUUAUCUAUUAACUCGGCUGAAAGAUGACAUUAUAAGAGUAUCAAGGAACCCCCGAGGCACUCAUGCUCUACAAACAGCUAUCACUCUUGCAAGCCUACCAGAAGAAGAGCUUUGUUAUCAAAGGGCUUUGCAAGGACAUAUAAUAGAACUGUCAUUAGAAACAAAUGGAUCCCAUGUUAUUCAACGGUUAUUGGCGACAUUAAAAAAUAAACAUUUUAUUAUCAGAGAAAUUUUGGGACAUGUCAGGGAGCUUGCAAUAGACAAACUUGGGCUAUGCGUGAUUAAAAAAUGCAUCAAUGAUCCUCAAAUUUUUAGCGAACUAUUAAGCCACGCUUUAGUUUUGAUGCAGGAUCCAUAUGGAAAUUAUGCUCUUCAACAUAUGAUUGAUCAAUGGCAAGAGGAGUGCUCAUUUCAAAUAAUCAAUUGUAUUAGAGGCAAAGUGGCGCAACUUUGCAAUCAAAAAUACUCGUCAAAUGUGAUGGAAAAGUGUAUGAAGGAAGAAAGGAUGAGGGAAGAAAUUAUCAAUGAGCUUAUUGCAGACGACAAAAUGCUAAGCCUUCUAAACUGCCCUUAUGGAUGCUAUGUUCUUAGAACAGCAGCACUAGAAUCAGAUCUAAAACAGAGAGAAAGGCUGAAGAAUGCGGUGAAUUCAGCAAUUUCUAUGCUGCAUCAAAAAAAGUUAAAACAGAGAUGGGAUGAAAUUUUAAGCUAUCUAGAAUAA